AGGCCAGACCUGAAGCUACCUCCCGCCCAUUCUCUGAUGACUGACGGAGAAUCAAGCCAAUGGAAACGGGACUCUUCGGGAAAGGGGCGGGCCCUGCGGGCAGUUAAACUUGCGCGGGAAUGGUCCUGGCGUAGUCAUGGCUGCCUUCCGCGACAUGGAAGAGGUGAGCCAGGGUCUGCUGAGCCUGCUGGGCGCCAACCGCGCGGAGGCGCAGCAACGGCGGCUGCUGGGACGCCACGAACAGGUGGUGGAGCGGCUACUGGAGACGCAAGACAGCGCCGAGCAACGGCUGCGAGAGAUCCUGGCCAUGGAGGAAGAAGUGGCCCAGAGCCUUCUUGGUGCGAAGGAGCGGGCGCACCACGGGGGUGUCGAGUUGCAGCAGCUCAAAGCUGAGCUUCGGAAGGCCGGCGAGGAGGAAACCCGUCUGAAGGCCAGCCUCCUUCAGCUCACCCGAGAGCUGGAGGAGCUCAAGGAGAUCGAGGCCAGUCUGGAGAGACAGGAGAGGGAAGUUGACGAAGACACGACUGUCACCAUCCCCUCGGCCGUGUAUGUGGCUCAACUUUAUCACCGAAUUAGUAAAAUUGUGUGGGACUAUGAGAGUGAGCCGGGAAUGGUCAAAGGCAUCCAUCACGGCCCCAGUGUCGCCCAGCCUAUCCACCUGGACAGCACCCAGCUCUCCAAGAAGUUCAUCAGCGACUAUCUCUGGAGCCUGGUGGACACGGACUGGUAGCCUGGAACCUCGGGGACAUGUCCAUCCACAGCACAAAGCAGCUGUGGUGGGUGGUCGGUGCCUCAGUGGUGAGAUGAGCUGAACAUUAAAUGUUUACAUACAAGUG